CAAAAAAAGGAAAAACAUAAAUAGAAAUCCGCAGUACUGUCUUCCCAAUUUUUGGUCACUACCACUAGAAAACCAGAAAGCUUAAGCUCACGACAAUGACGGACCAGGAGGCCAAAGAGAGCGAGACCCUUGUUAAAGUUGAGAAGGAAGAUAUCGACUCGCAGAUUAACGUUGUUAUGCGAGCCCGAAUCGCCUAUUUCAAGGAACAGUCCGACUCUUUGACUUUUGAGGGAGUUCGAAGAUUGUUAGAGAAGGACUUGGGGAUGGAGAGAUGUUCAUUGGAUGUGCACAAGAGGUUUAUCAAGCAGCGUUUACAAGAGUUGUUAGAAGGAGUUGGUGAUGGUAAUGAUUCAAAGAACUGCGAGGAGAGGAGGGAAAAGGGAAGUAAUGUGGAGACUGCUGAAAAAAGUGUAGCAGGAGACGAGCAAUGUGAAUCACCUGAAGGUCAUGAGUCAAACAUUGACGCCAGUGAAUCUUUUUCUAAAGAUGCAGAUAAAAUGAACGAUUCACCUGUCUUAGGCCUUUUGACUGGAAAGAAAACAACCAAAAUUGAAAAUAAGGAAUCUGAACGAGUCAAUGAAAAGAAGGCCCUGAGUAAAGCAACAAUAAAAGCAGCCCUUAGGAAAAGAGCUCGGUAUCUGAUAGAUAAUUCAGAGCAAGUUACACUUGCAGGACUUCGCCGGCUUUUGGAGGAAGAUCUUGAACUUGAAAAGAAGGCUCUUGAUUCCUACAAGGAGUUUAUAAAGGACCAAGUUGAUGUGAUACUAAAUUCUUGUGAAGUUUCUCAAUCGGUUACCAAUGCGAAGAAAAAUGUUGUUAAGAAGGAUUCUCAAAGAAAAGUAGCUAGAAAGGUUAGAAGUGAAGAGAGUUCUGAUUCUGCAAAUAGUGAGAGUGAUGGGGAUGAAGAUCUAGUCAAACCUAGAAAGAAAUCAAAUACUAAAGGAAAGGACUCUAAUGAGUCUAAGAAAAGAAAAAAACCAACAAAGGAUUCAAAUGUCUCUGGCACGAAGAGGAUCAAGGCUAAAGAAACAAUGACAGAGGACAAUAUUGAUGCGGAAGACAAUGGGAUUGUUUCUGAAGACGAUCAUUCUCAUUCAUCUGCUGAAAAAUCUACAAAGAAGAAAGUCGUGUCAGCUCCUGCACCUGCAUACGGAAAGCGUGUGGAAAGUCUAAAAUCAGUUAUCAAAGCAUGUGGGAUGAGUGUUCCUCCCUCAGUUUACAAGAAAGCCAAGCAGGUGUCUGAAAACAAACGUGAAGCCUAUCUAAUAAAGGAGUUAGAGGAGAUGCUAUCUAAAGAAGGAUUGUCUGCCAAUCCCUCUGAAAAAGAAAUUAAGGAAGUAAGAAAGAAAAAGGAAAGAGCAAAAGAACUUGAGGGCAUUGAUAUGAGCAAUAUUGUAUCUAGUACUCGUAGAAGGUCGACAACCAGUUUUGUACCUCCUCCAAGGCCCAAAUUACCAGUUGAAAAUGAUGGUGACAACACUGAAGAAGAUGAAGAUGACAACGAUGAUGAGGAUGAUGAUGAUGGUGAUAGUGAUGACAGCCAGAGUGAAGAGUCUAAUGAGGAUAAUGAUGAGAACAGUGAUUGAAUUUGCAUUAAUAUAAUUGGAAGAUUAUUUAUAGAGGAGCCUCAGUGACAGUCACGUUAGUGUACGAUAAGUUUUCGAUUUAGCAUUUUUGUACUAUAAAGUGUCAUUUCAAGAGUUUGCUUUUGGGUGUUCUAUAUAGGGACAGGUAAUGGCAUUCUAAUUUGCUUUCAGCAGUCCAACUCAAUCGGUACACCUAUGCAUGGUUAGCUCUGUAGGAAAGUAGUCAUAUUUAUUUAUUUAGUAUUAUGGGUGGGCGUUUAUAUAUACCAUAAGAUUAAGGCAUUUGGUAAUCGGUAGCCAUGUUUUCACUCUUGACUAGUACUGGUUUUACUACCGAAGUAAGCUUUGUUUGAUGUUAAAACCAAACACGUUCAACUUUACAGGGUCUGAUAUUUACAGACCAUCUUGUGUUUAAUACACAUACACGGUACUUUUAUUGAUAUUUA